AUGCGUAAAUUACGACUGUUGAUAUCAGUAGGUGCUACUUUCGUAGUGACCUUCAUGAUCUUGGCGUUGAGUCGAUUGGACAACGUGGAGCAUUUGGAAAGAAUCCCUCGUGAGGUGCAACAGACAAAUGCUACGGUGCAAGUAAUUCAUACUGUUCAAGGAAAACGACAGAAAGUUGUUGAGAUGAUGCGUCACGCGUGGAACAAUUACAAGCUGUACGCGUGGGGCAAGAAUGAACUGAAGCCAAUAUCGAAGCGUGCGCAUCUUACCAGUGUCUUCGGUGGUGGGGACAUGGGAGCUACCAUUGUUGACGGCCUGGAUACGCUGUACAUCAUGGGGCUGAUGGAUGAAUUUCGCGAGGGACGGGAUUGGGUGGCUGAGCAUUUCCAUGUUAAUGAGAUUGAUUCAGACCUAUCAGUGUUCGAGACAACGAUACGUUUCGUGGGCGGUUUCUUAUCCUGUUACGCACUCACCGGUGAUUCCAUAUUCCGGGAUAAGGCUGCAGAGGUCGCUGAUGCGUUGCUGCCCGCCUUUGAUACACCCACUGGAUUGCCCUAUGCGCUAAUAAACCCUAGUAACAAGGCGAGUCGACAAUACCAUUGGGCAGGAUCGAACAGCAUUUUAUCCGAAGUUGGUACCCUGCACCUCGAGUUCACCUACCUUAGCGAUGUGACAGGAAAAGAAGUUUACAGGGAGAAGGUGAAGCGAAUCCGCGAUGUCCUCCACAACAUCCAGAAGCCAGAUGGACUCUACCCAAAUUACAUCAACCCGCGCAGCGGCACCUGGGGACAAAGGCAUAUGUCCCUCGGAGCCCUGGGCGAUUCAUUCUACGAGUACCUGCUGAAGGCGUGGCUCGUCACCAACAACGAAGAUGAAGAAGCCAGGAUAAUGUUCGACGAGGCAAUGCAACCGGCGCUCGAUAAAAUGCUGAGAACGUCUCCAUCUGGUCUCGCGUACUUAGCUGAGCUGAAGUAUGGCAGGAUAUUUGAGGAAAAGAUGGAUCACUUGUCGUGUUUUGCUGGUGGAAUGUUCGCGAUGGCGUCCACAAGUUUGGAGAAUUCCUUAUCUGAGCGAUACAUGGACGUCGCUCGUAAGCUGACUGACACCUGUCAUGAGAGUUACGACCGAUCUGACACUAAACUUGGACCCGAGGCUUUUAGAUUUUCCGGGGCAGUUGAAGCCCGUGCAAUGAAGAGUAACGAGAAGAUGUUCCUCUUAAGACCAGAGACCUUUGAGAGCUACUUCAUCAUGUGGAGACUUACCAAGGAACAGAAGUACCGCGAUUGGGCCUGGGAGGCUGUACAGGCGUUAGAAAAGCACUGCCGCGUUGAAGGUGGUUAUACGGGCCUCGUCAAUGUGUAUCACUCUACACCCGUCGGAGAUGAUGUUCAGCAGAGCUUCUUCCUGGCUGAAACUCUUAAGUACUUAUACCUAAUAUUCUCGGACGACUCUCUGGUGUCUAUGGAUGAAUGGGUGUUCAACACUGAAGCGCACCCGUUGCCGAUCAAAGACAAAAACCCGCUCUACAGACAAUCGUACAAAACAAUAGACAACAAUGUAUAA